CGAGCUGCCUGCUGGAAUACAGAGGAACUAAUCCGCGGAACUGGCGCGAGCGAGCGACCUGCGGAGACUCUUUAGGAAAGCGCUUGUCUAUUACUUUACAAAAUUAACUUUAUAAGACUUAUACACAUAAAACGCGCUGGUUCCGUUUCACGUCGCAGUUAAGUGUGUUGCAGGAAUGCGUUGGAGUUUGUUCGACUCCAACAGAUGCUCGCCUUUGAACAACAGCAGCGUUGUUUAUGAACUGGGGAAGAUUUGAAGUCAGGCUCAGCCAGUCCGGAGCGUCUGGGAGAGGGGAGAGAGAGAGGAGACGAGGGGAGGGAGGAGAAAGAGAGAUAGAGAGAGCGAGAGAGGCGGAGAGGAGAGGGGCGCCCAGAAAACGCCCUGCUGCCGAAUCCUCUCAAAAUUAAAACUUUAUCGCGCCAUUGACGGUACGCUCACAUGAAAGGAUGAGAAGUUACAUCCCGCUCAGUUUUUAAAAGUAACCAUUUAACAGACUGUUUUGAGGGGAAGUUUGGAAAACCUCAGUUGUUCCCAUUGGAUUAUUUUUUUUCUUGCUCUAUUCUGGACGAGCCCGGGGUACUUUUUGGAGGGCGGCGAGUCGGAGGCUGUCUAGGCCCGCUGCUCGACAACUUGAAAGAAGAUAUUGUAUCUUUAAUGUGAACCAGAAAAGUUGUGCAGAUCGCUCUUCAUUGCUCAUACUGGCGCCAGGACAAGGUAAAAAUGUCGCUAGGAGCGGAGAGAAGGAUGGAAAACCGGCUGAGACAACUGGAAGCCAUGAUCAAAGAGCCGCGGUCUGCGAUCAACUUGGAAAGUUUGCUGGACUCCAUGAAUGCCCUGGUUUUAGAUCUGGACUCUCCGGCCUUACGUAAAAAUAAGAACAUUGAGACCUUCUUGAACAGAUAUGAGAAGGUCAUGGCCCAAACAAGAGAGCUGCAGAUGAAGCCAGAGGAUUUUGACAGAGUGAAGGUGAUCGGUAGAGGAGCAUUCGGAGAAGUCCAGUUGGUUAGGCAUAAGGCCUCUCAGAAAGUGUACGCAAUGAAGGUGCUCAGUAAGUUUGAAAUGAUCAAACGUUCAGAUUCUGCCUUCUUCUGGGAGGAACGUGACAUCAUGGCAUUUGCCGACAGCCCAUGGGUCGUACAGCUGUGCUGUGCUUUCCAGGAUGACCGUUCUCUCUACAUGGUAAUGGAAUACAUGCCAGGAGGAGAUCUAGUCAAUCUCACCAGCACAUACGACGUUCCAGAGAAGUGGGCAAAGUUCUACACUGCCGAGGUUGUGUUGGCUUUGGACGCUAUUCAUUCUAUGGGCUUUAUUCACCGGGACGUCAAACCAGACAACAUGCUGCUGGACCGCAACGGACACCUCAAACUUGCCGACUUUGGGACCUGCAUGAAAAUGGAUGGGACGGGGAUGGUUCAUUGUGACACUGCGGUUGGAACCCCUGAUUACAUCUCGCCGGAGGUUCUCAAGUCUCAGGGAGGGGAUGGAUACUACGGACGCGAGUGUGACUGGUGGUCGGUGGGAGUAUUUAUCUAUGAGAUGUUGGUUGGUGAUACACCGUUUUAUGCUGAUUCUUUGGUGGGGACCUACAGUAAGAUUAUGGACCAUAAGAACUCGCUGAACUUCCCUGAUGACGUUGAUAUCUCUCAAGAAGCCAAAAACAUCAUCUGUGCCUUCCUAACUGACAGGGAGAUUCGGUUGGGUCGAAAUGGCGUAGAAGAAAUUAAAAGAAAUCCUUUCUUUAGAAACGACCAGUGGACCUUCAGCACCAUUAGAGAGACUGCAGCCCCUGUGGUUCCAGAGCUGAGCAGUGACAUAGACACCAGUAAUUUUGACGAAAUAGAGGAGGAUAAAGGAGAAGUGGAGACCUUUCCUACACCCAAAGCCUUUGUUGGCAAUCAGCUUCCCUUCGUGGGGUUCACUUACUUUAAAGAAGACCAGUUGUUGAAUGCUGUUAACAGUUCAGCAAUGAAAAAUGAUCUCCCAGUAUCUAAGAGAGAGGACAAUUUAGCACUCCAGAACAAACUUCAUUCUCUAGAAGAGCAGCUCAAUAUUGAAAUGCAGGCCAAAGAUGAGCUGGAGCAAAAAUUCAGAAGCAACUGCACCCGCAUGGAAAAGAUCACCAAAGAGCUCGAUGAAGAGAUAAAUGGCAGAAAAGUGUUGGAGACGUCUCUGAGACAGCUGGAGAGAGAGAAAGCUCUCCUGCAGCACAAGAGCGUAGAGAGUCACCGCAGAGCGGAGAGUGAAGCCGACCGCAAACGCUGCCUGGAGAAUGAAGUGAACAGUCUGAGGGAUCAGCUGGAUGAAAUGAAGAAGAAAAACCAGAACUCGCACAUCUCCAAUGAGAAGAACAUCCAUUUGCAGAAACAGCUGGAUGAGGCGAAUGCGUUACUGCGGGCAGAAUCUGAUGCGGCUGCACGGCUGCGUAAAGCUCAGACAGAGAGCUCCAAACAGCUGCAGCAGCUGGAUGCUCAUGCAAGAGAACUGCAGGACAAGUGCUGCAUGCUGGAGAACAGCAAGCUCACGCUGGAGAGAGAGAACAUCAGCCUGCAGGCAGCGCUGGACUCAGAGAAACGAGAGCACACCCAGGGCUCUGAGACUAUCUCUGAUCUACUGGCACGAAUCUCUGGUUUGGAGGAGGAAGUGAAACAGGCGAGACAAGCCCUAUCUAAAGCUGAGACUGAGAAGAGGCAACUUCAGGAGAAGUUAACAGACCUGGAGAAGGAGAAGAGCAAUAACCAGAUUGACAUGACCUAUAAACUGAAGGUGUUGCAGCAGAGUUUGGAGCAGGAGGAGGCGGCACACAAGGCCACAAAAGCUCGACUUGCCGACAAGAGCAAGAUCAGCGAGUCCAUUGAAGGAGCAAAAUCUGAGGCUGUGAAGGACCUGGAACAAAAGCUGCAGGAGGAACGUUCCUCUAAACUGCGUGUGGAGAACAGGGUGUUAGAACUGGAGAAGAAGAACUCCAUGCUUGACUGUGAUUAUAAACAGUCACUGCAGAAACUAGAGGAACUGCGGCGACAUAAAGAGAGACUCACAGAAGAGGUGAAGAAUUUUAGUCUGAAGAUUGAGCAAGAAGUUCAGAAACGCACUUUGACUCAGAAUGACCUGAAGGUUCAAAACCAGCAGCUCAGCACCCUCCGAACAUCAGAGAAACAGCUCAAACAGGAGAUCAACCACCUGCUGGAAAUCAAACGCAGCCUGGAAAAACAAAACAUGGAGCUGCGCAAAGAGCGUCAGGAUUCAGAUGGACAGAUGAAGGAACUGCAGGAUCAGUUGGAGGCAGAGCAGUAUUUCUCCACGCUGUAUAAGACACAGGUGCGGGAGCUGAAGGAAGAGUGUGAGGAGAAAAAUAAACUCUAUAAAGACAUGCAGCAGAAUCUCCAGGAGUUACAGGAGGAAAGGGAUUCUCUUGCGGCCCAGUUGGAGAUCACACUAACGAAAGCUGACUCCGAGCAACUGGCACGCUCCAUUGCGGAGGAACAGUAUUCCGACCUGGAGAAGGAGAAGAUCAUGAAAGAGCUGGAGAUCAAAGAGAUGAUGGCCAGACACAGACAGGAGCUCGCUGAAAAAGACACCACCAUCACCUCUUUAGAGGAAGCUAAUCGCACAUUGACAAAUGAUGUCGCAAACCUGGCCAAUGAGAAGGAAGAGCUCAACAACAAGCUAAAGGAGGCACAAGACUACCUGCAGAAUCUGAAGAAUGAAGAGCAGUCCAUCACUCAAGUGAAACUGGCCCUUGAGAAACAGCUGCAGUCAGAGAGAACUCUCAAAACACAGGCGGUGAACAAGCUGGCAGAGAUCAUGAACAGAAAGGAGGUUAGAGGUGGAGGCAGUCGCCGUGGAAAUGAUACAGACGUGAGGAGGAAGGAGAAAGAAAACAGGAAGUUGCAGCUGGAGCUUCGUUCUGAGAGGGAGAAACUCAACAGCACCAUCAUCAAAUACCAGAGAGAAAUCAACGACAUGCAAGCACAAUGGGCGGAAGAGUCUCAGGUGCGUGUCGAGCUGCAGAUGGCUCUCGACAGUAAAGACAGUGAUAUCGAGCAGCUUCGUGGCCUGUUGAACUCUCUCAACGUCCAGUCGCUCGACUCGGCCAGUAUGAGCAGCGGCCCAGACAUGGACACUGACGAGUCACUACCAGAGAUCAGACUGGAGGGUUGGCUGUCUAUACCAGUAAGGAACAACACCAAACGCUUUGGGUGGGAAAAGAAGUAUGUUGUGGUGAGCAGCAAGAAGAUUCUCUUCUACAACAGCGAGCAGGACAAAGAGCUUUCCAAUCCUUACAUGGUGUUGGACAUAGAUAAACUUUUCCAUGUGCGUUCGGUAACUCAGACGGACGUUUAUCGAGCUGACGCCAAAGAGAUCCCCAGAAUAUUUCAGAUCUUGUAUGCUAAUGAGGGUGAGAGCAAGAAAGAGCAAGAGGAACCUCUUCCUGGGGACAAGUCCAGCUACAUUUGCCAUAAGGGUCAUGAGUUCAUCCCUACCCUGUACCACUUUCCCACUAACUGUGAAGCCUGUACCAAACCCCUGUGGAACAUGUUCAAACCACCUCCAGCUUUGGAAUGCAGACGAUGCCAUAUCAAGUGCCACAAAGACCACAUGGACAAGAAAGAAGAAAUCGUCGCCCCCUGUAGAGUGAAUUACGACGUGUCUACUGCUAAAAACCUGCUGCUGUUAGCCUUGUCUCAGGAGGACCAGCAGAAGUGGGUUAGUCGGCUCAUGAAGAAGAUCCCCAAAAAACCUCCAGCACCAGACGCCCCUCACCGCUCCUCUCCCAGAGUUCCAGCUAAAGUACAAAGCAGUCAAUCCAUGAGGAGACCCAGCCGACAAAUACCUUCAGGCAAACCCAGUCCCCCUCGAAUGGACGCUCCAAAGAUGAGGCGAGAAGACUCCUCCAACAGCAUUCUGAACAAAUGAGUCCAUUGGCUAACCGUGUUUACAAACUAGAAGACAUUUCAACUGUACUGUAAAAGGAAAAAGAAUGAGAGCAUGUGCAAAACAGUAUUUUUAUUUUUAGGUCUUUCUUUGUUCCCUUUUGCAAUAAAAGUUUGCAACUGUUGUGUGUGUUUGGAGGUGUAUUAAUCUGCUUCUCUUGAGCGUGAUGGCAUGUACGCUGUGGUGCUUUUUUUUUUUUUAAUUAUUAUUACCGAAGGAUUUUUCUUUCCUCUUGGGUUAAAAUGUAGUGAAACUAACUAUCUCUUUGUCUUUCUCUUUCUCGAUUUCUCCCUCUUUCUCUAGUUAACCUUAUAUUGGGAAUCUGGUGCUGCUACAUGGUGAUUUGGGGUUCUUCCUGUCACAUCAACAAAAUGACGUUACUUUUCGCACAUUUUGGCAAAUCCCAAAAAAGUGAGAGAUACACAAAUGUUGAUGAAGGCUUUGCUGGCGUGAUAUGGCUUUUAUUUUCUGGGCAUGCGGUUGCUUCGGCUUCAAGAGCACAACAGAUCUACACAGAACUGAAGGGUCAGCGUCACACCAAACUUCUUAUUCAUUCAAGGCCAGAGUUGACCUGAACGCUAAGACUGAACCGGCCAGAGAAUGUGGACGACAGCUGGUUCUGACCGUAGUCUUUUAUUUUGUAUUUUUCAUGGCUGAAUAUAGACGGUAGUGCAACACACCACAUAAACGGCUAGAAAACACCACUACAUAUGUUUCUCAUUCCUUCAUAAAUGCAAAGUGCAACUCUGCCGUUUUCUUCUUGUAGAGUGUUUUUAUCUUUAUUUACCCCCCACGUGCGAUCAUACCCUCUUUGAUCACGGGUGCAUCCCAUAAUGCUCUCCUGGACACCUGUGAGGCUCACUCCCUAGAAUGAGUUGACUGUAUUUUGAGGAGGAAGCUUUAUUAAUGGAUGUGAUUAACAGUGACCAAUAUCUAGAUGCAAGCUGUGCAUGUGGGCAGGAGUUUUUCAAACGUUUCCAGAUUUCAAAUUGAUCUGCAGUCUGUUUUGGGCUGGUCAUCUUAUGAAUUUGAGACUAAAACUGAUUCACCUUUCCAAGCACAUAACAGAAAUGUUCAUAAGACGGUAGAAUGUCUAAAAACCAUGUUUAAAUUUACUAGAGGAGGUUUUUUUUUUUUUUUUUGUGAUUUGAAGUGUUCCGUUUGUUUUUUGUGUAUCUUCACCUUAGCAAACAGUGUGUAUCUAUGGGUGUGCUGUGAAUGCAUAUCUGUGUUCUUUUACACAUUAUAUAUAUAUAUGAAUAUACAGCGUAUAUUUGACCUGCCAUCUUAACAGGUGGUUUGCUAUUUAUACAGGUCUGGGCACUUUUUUUAUUUUAAAGCGUUGCCUCCAGAUUUGCAUGUUUUAUAUUGAUGUACUGUUUGAGCAUAAAAUGAAAAGCAUAUGUAGCCGUGUUGUUUGGAGAUCUUGUAUAACAUUUGCUUAUUUUUGUAAACAAAAGUAGUCAGUUAAAUAGGUCUGUAGCUGUGAAUGUAGUAAAAGGAAGUAAAGUUUUAAUAUAAACAAUGUG